GGGCUGUCCCAAAGAGAUGGACACCCUGACAGACCCCUGCCCUGAGGCAAGAACAGGCUUCCAGUGGCUCUGGUUCCAUGCCUUGUGUUUUCACACAUGCAACCUCACUUCAACCCUGCGAGGUGGUUCCUAUUAUCAUCACUCUUUUACAGAUGACGACACUAGACCCAGAGCCAGCACUUGGCAGAGGCAGGAUUUGAACGCAGGAGAUCCGGCUCUGAAAUCACAUCUUCCAGGGAUUUGGAGUAGGAUAGGAGUUGUGAAUAAGAAUCUCUCCUGCUCCUCUUCCUCCAUUCCUCCCUCUACCUGCAGACCUCAGCUCCUCCUGCCCAGGAACCCAAGCGCCUUGAGGGCAGUGCUCUGCUUCUGCCCUGUCACGUGAGGAGCCUCAAGAGAGUGGGCCUACAUGAAAAAGCCACCCCCAAAAUACACCCUGGGUAUACUGGGUUCACUGAGUCAGGAGAACUGGUAUUUGAACCCAGAACUGCAGAGCUCCACGGCCCAGGCUCUUUCCCUUCUUUGGGAUUGUCACAUCACCCACACUCCUGCAGGGCACUCUCUGAGCCCUCCUCCCCCAGCCGAGGCACUAAGCACUGAGUGUUAGGGCUGGCCACCAGCCAGAUGGGGCUGUCCACCGAGGUUUUUGUAAUACAGCCCUUUAGAGAUUGGCUGUGCCAAAGGACGGAGGCUUUAUUAUAACUUGCACCACUUCUGCCUAUAGUCAGUUGUGAGGAGCAUGGGGGCAGUGGUAAGAAUUGGGCCCAGGGUCCUGGGCUGGGUGGUCUGUCUGCUCCUGGCAUUCCCUGCUACAGCCACCGGGCCUGAGGUCACUCAGCCUGAAGUGGACACCACCCUGGGCCGUGUGCGAGGCCAGCAAGUGGGCGUGAAGGGCACAGACCGCCUUGUGAAUGUCUUCCUGGGCAUCCCGUUUGCCAAGCCACCUCUGGGGCCUGGCCGAUUCUCAGCCCCGCGCCCAGCGCAGUCCUGGGAGGGUGUGCGGGAUGCCAGCACUGCCCCUGCAAUGUGCCUGCAGGAUCUGGAGAGAAUGGACAACAGCAGAUUUAUGUUGAACGGAAAGCACCAGCACUUCCCUAUUUCAGAGGACUGUCUGAUCCUCAACAUCUACAGCCCGGCUGAGGCCACCGUGGGGGCCAGGCGGCCGGUCAUGGUAUGGAUCCAUGGGGGCUCUCUGGUGACCGGCGCCGCCACCUCCCAUGACGGGUCAGCCCUGGCCGCCUAUGGGGAUGUGGUAGUGGUCACGGUCCAGUACCGCCUGGGGCUCCUUGGCUUCCUCAGCACUGGAGACGAGCACGCCCCUGGCAACUGGGGCUUCCUAGAUGUGGUGGCUGCUCUGCACUGGGUGCAGGGGAACAUCUCCCCCUUUGGAGGUGACCCUAACUCUGUCACCAUCUUUGGCGGUUCUGCCGGUGCCUGCAUCGUCUCUGCCCUGGUCCUGUCCCCGCUGGCUGCAGGGCUAUUCCACAGAGCCAUAGCCCAGAGUGGAGUCAUCACCAUUCCCGGCUUACAGGCUUCGAACCCAAGGCUCCUGGCUCAAAGCUUCGCGGACUCCAUGGCCUGCAGCUCUACCUCCUCAGCUGAGAUGUUGCAGUGCCUUCGGGAGAAGGCAAACAAGGAGCAGAUCCUUAACAUGAAGUUGAACACUACAGCUACCUACACCAUUGAUGGCACCUUCUUUCCGAAGAGCCCCAGGGAGCUCUUGAGGGAGAGGCAGUUCCAUUCUGUGCCCUUGCUCCUGGGUGUCAACAAUCACGAGUUUGGCUGGCUCAUCCCCAAGGGCUGGGGUUUCCUGGAUAAGAUGGGGCAGAUGAGCCUGGAGGAUAUGCUGGCCAUAUUAAGACCCCACUUGACCAUUCUGGAUAUACCCCCUGAAGUGAUGCCCACCAUCAUAGAUGAAUACCUAGGCGGCAGUUUCGAUGCAGAAGCCAGACGUAAUGCCAUCCAGGAAUUUUGGGCCGACCUUAUCAUUAUCUUUCCCACCUUGAAUUUCUCAAGAAACCUCCGAGAUUCUGGAGCUCCAGUCUUUUUCUAUGAGUUCCAGCAUCGACCCAGUUCUUUUGCGAAGAUCAAACCAGACUGGGUGAGGGCUGACCAUGGGGCUGAGAUUGCCUUCAUAUUCGGGGGUCCUUUCCUCAUGGAUGAGAGCUCUCUGCUGGCCUUUCCAGAAGCUACACAGGAGGAGAAGCAGCUGAGCCUCACCAUGAUGGCCCAGUGGACCCAAUUUGCCCGGACAGGGGACCCCAAUGGUGAGGGGUUGCCUCCUUGGCCUGCAUUCAAGCAGUUGGAGCAAUACCUGGAGAUCAGCCCGACACCACGAGUUGGCCAGAAGCUAAGAGAAGCCCAAAUGCAGUUCUGGGCAGAGAUACUUUCUGCCAACUUCCGGCAGUGGCAGCAGAAGCAGAAGGGCAGGAAGGCCCAGGAGGAGCUCUGAGGCAGGGCAUGGGCCUUCUUGGCUGGAGGCUAACCCUAGGGGUGGCAGAGUCCCAGCAAAACAGCUUCUUUCUCCCCCUGCUAAGAAACUUUAACUUAAACCAAACUGAUGUAUGGACAUGUCCCUUAAGGAAUCAGCCCCUCCAUGACUGGCAUUGUGCUGUUGAAAUGUCACCUGCUUCCCACUUUAAGGGCCUCUGUACAAACUCCUCCCUCUUCUUUCCCCCUUGCUUCCUAGCAAGUUCCAGCUCUUUCCUUAAGCUCCCUCCUCCAUGAAGCUUUCCCUGCCUUCUCUAGGCCCGAGUGUAUGUCCGUUACAGCAUAGCCCACUCCAGGCUAGCACUGUCUGUAUCUCUGUCUCUUUCCCUUCUCUGAGAGUAGAAAUCAACCUGACCCCACUCUGUAUCUUCCCCACAAGGAUCAGGAGGACUUGGAGUCAGGGAUGUUUGAUGAGUGAGUAAAAGACUGAGAGAGUGUGUGAAUGGUGGCUGCUGGAUGUGAACCCAGGCUCUUCAGCCACCAAAGCUAUGCUCAGGCCUACACAGAAGGGCCCUUUGGCCA